UAAAUAUGCAGCCACUCGGAGCGCGGUGGCCUCUAGCAGCAGUCCGCUUCCAGCCCCGUCGCGUUUGACUGACAGCUGGAGGAGCCUCCGCCCAGGAUCGCUACGAGCCCACAGCCUCCACCCGCUCCGAGGGGCUGCCGGAAUGACCGACAAUAUCCCCCUGCAGCCCGUGAGACGACCGAAAAGGCAUGACGGCAAACACAGACACGGGUGUUGCCCGUGGUCGAGAUGCUGCGGCAUGGGCGACCCGCGUCCCCGCACUGUGUGGCUCGGCCACCCAGAGAAGAGGGAGCAGAGGCACCCCAGAAAUGUCAUUAACAACCAGAAGUACAACUUCUUCACGUUCCUGCCUGCGGUGCUGUUUAAUCAGUUCAAGUAUUUCUUCAACUUGUACUUUUUGCUCCUGGCCUGCUCCCAGUUUGUCAGUGAGUUGCGCCUAGGUGCUCUCUACACCUACUGGGUCCCUCUGGGCCUUGUUUUGAUUAUUACCAUCAUGAGAGAGGCCAUUGAAGAAAUAAGAUGCUACCUCAGAGACAAAGAAGUGAACUCUCAGAUUUACAGCAAACUUUCAACAAGAGGCACAGUGAAGGUUAAAAGCAGUGCUAUUCAAGUUGGAGAUCUUGUCAUCGUGGAAAAGAACCAGCGUGUUCCUGCUGACAUGAUCUUUUUAAGGACCUCUGAAAGAAAUGGCUCCUGCUUCCUGCGCACGGACCAGCUCGAUGGAGAGACAGACUGGAAACUACGUCUCCCAGUGGCCUGCACACAGAGACUGCCGACUGCUGGCGAUCUUCUCCAAAUCCGUUCAUACGUAUAUGCGGAGGAACCAAAUAUUGAUAUCCAUAACUUUAUUGGAACUUUCACCAGGGAAGACGGAGACCCUCCAGUCAAUGAAAGUCUCAGCAUUGAGAACACAUUGUGGGCCAGCACUGUUGUCGCCUCUGGCACAGUGGUAGGGGUUGUGAUUUACACAGGAAAGGAGCUGCGCAGUGUCAUGAACACCUCCAACCCAAGGCAUAAGGUUGGAUUAUUUGACUUGGAAGUUAAUUGUUUGACUAAGAUCCUCUUUGGGGCCUUGGUGGUGGUGUCACUGGUCAUGGUGGCCCUGCAGCACUUUGCUGGUCGUUGGUACCUCCAGAUUUUUCGCUUCCUACUUCUCUUCUCCCACAUUGUACCCAUUAGUUUGCGUGUCAAUCUGGAUAUGGGGAAGAUGGUUUUCAGUUGGAUGAUUAAAAAAGAUGCCAAGAUCCCUGGGACUCUGGUUAGGGCUAGUACCAUACCUGAACAGCUUGGGCGCAUCUCCUACCUGCUGACAGACAAAACAGGGACUCUGACCCAAAAUGAAAUGGUCUUCCGGCGGCUCCAUCUUGGGACUGUGUCCUAUGGGAUGGAUUCAAUGGAUGAAGUACUCAGUCAUGUGUUCAGCGCCUACACACAGCCCACACAUGACCUCCCAGCUUCCAGGGGACCCACAGCCACUAAGGUCCGUAAGACCAUCAGCAGUAGAGUUCACGAGGCUGUGAAGGCCAUCGCCCUGGUGCACAACGUGACACCCGUGUAUGAGUCCAAUGGGGUGACAGACCAAGCGGAGGCUGAGCAACAUUAUGAAGACACAUGCAGAGUCUACCAGGCUUCCAGCCCAGAUGAGGUGUCGCUGGUGCAGUGGACUGAGAGUGUUGGGUUGACACUGGUGGGAAGAGAUCAGUCCACCAUUCAACUACGGACCCCUACUGGCCAAAUACUGAACUUUACCAUCCUACAAAUAUUCCCCUUCACUUACGAGAGCAAAAGAAUGGGCAUAAUUGUGCGGGAUGAAAUGACAGGUGAGAUCACUUUCUACAUGAAGGGUGCUGAUGUGGUGAUGGCAGGCAUCGUCCAGUAUAAUGACUGGCUGGAGGAGGAGUGUGGAAACAUGGCAAGGGAGGGGUUGAGGGUUCUUGUGGUCUCCAAAAAGUCCCUGACAGAGGAGCAGUAUCAAGACUUUGAGGCGAGGUAUGUCCAGGCCAAGCUCAGCGUCCAUGACCGCUCCCUGAAGGUGGCCACGGUGAUCGAGAGUCUGGAGAUGGAGAUGGAGCUGCUGUGUCUGACAGGGGUGGAGGACCAACUUCAGGCCGAUGUCAGGCCCACGCUUGAGAUCCUUCGCAACGCAGGCAUUAAGGUUUGGAUGCUAACAGGAGACAAACUUGAAACAGCCACAUGCACAGCUAAGAACGCCCAUCUGAUCACCCGCAACCAGGACAUCCACAUCUUCAGACCUGUGACAACACGAGGGGAAGCUCACCUGGAGCUCAACGCUUUCAGGAGGAAACACGACUGUGCACUGGUGAUAUCGGGCGACUCACUCGAGGUCUGUCUAAAAUACUAUGAAUAUGAGUUCAUGGAGCUUGCGUGUCAGUGUCCGGCUGUGGUUUGCUGCCGAUGCACCCCGACUCAGAAAGCUCAGAUAGUCCGGCUGCUGCAGGAGCGCACAGGCAAACUUACCUGCGCAGUAGGGGACGGAGGAAACGAUGUCAGCAUGAUCCAGGAAGCUGAUUGUGGCGUGGGAGUAGAGGGAAAAGAAGGGAAACAGGCCUCGUUGGCUGCAGACUUCUCAGUGACUCAGUUUAAACAUUUAGGUCGUCUCCUCAUGGUUCACGGUCGUAACAGUUACAAAAGGUCUGCAGCCCUCAGCCAGUUUGUCAUUCACAGGAGCCUGUGCAUCAGCACCAUGCAGGCGGUUUUCUCCUCUGUUUUCUACUUUGCGUCAGUCCCUCUGUACCAAGGAUUCCUGAUUAUUGGCUACUCCACCAUCUACACCAUGUUUCCUGUCUUUUCUCUGGUGUUGGACAAAGAUGUUAAGUCAGAAGUUGCCAUGUUAUACCCAGAAUUAUACAAAGAUCUGCUCAAGGGCCGACCUCUGUCUUUCAAGACAUUUCUUAUAUGGGUGCUGAUAAGUAUCUAUCAAGGGAGCAUCAUCAUGUACGGGGCGCUGCUUCUGUUUGAGUCUGAGUUCGUCCACAUCGUGGCCAUUUCCUUCACCUCUCUGAUCCUGACCGAGCUCUUGAUGGUGGCCUUGACCGUUCAGACGUGGCAUUGGCUCAUGAUCGUUGGCGAGCUCCUCAGCUUGGCUUGUUACGUGGCCUCGCUCGUUUUCCUGCACGAGUUCAUAGACGUGUACUUCAUCACCACGGUAUCAUUUCUGUGGAAGGUGACAGUCAUCACGCUGGUGAGCUGUCUGCCUUUGUACAUCCUCAAGUACCUGCGUCGCCGCUUCUCCCCACCCAGCUACUCCAAACUGACCACCUAAAGAAGUGAGACCAGGCUUCUGCGAAAACACUAACGCGUCUGUCAGUUCACCCGACAGUGCUGCGCUUAAAAAGGGACUCAAUCAUGGAUUUAUCUCCUUUAAUUUGUUGUAAAGAGUUCUGGGAGUUUUGCCAGUGGACAGGUUCUGCCUGAGUUUUUUUUUAUUCCUAUCAGGAAAAAGUAACUGAGAUAUUUGCAUGUCUUGAAUUUCUCAAUUCUCAGUUCCAUCUUAAAUCAAGGUCAUUUUAAUUGCUGGACACUGAAUUGAUAAAGCAUUCUCACAGAGGACUGUAUUACACUCAACAGUUUCUACGUGGAGUGGGUGAUUGCAUGGUUAAAAAAAGUUAACUGGUCAGAGUUUGCACAAAACACAUCUGUAAUUUUGUACAUUUGUUUAUGCGUCACCCCAAUGGUACGUCCUGACCCUGCAGAGGUGGCGUGGUUGUUUAUUUUAGCAUGACCCAUGAUGUCUGAUGUUAAAUUGGUCUGUGUUUCUUUGUAUGGACCCUGAGUUGUUAGUGUUUGUGGAGCGCGGUCAAAACAGCCAUAAAGGAGUCCUGGUUAUUUGAAGCUCAACCUUUCACUGAGUGUCCAGACGGGCCUGCGUCUGCCUGGGAACACGCAGCUUCUUAUGUGGCUGCUCAGGCAGGCCAGCUCUGGCCAUGCCUCAGCACUGCACGAUGACUCACUGUAACAUUGACCUGUUACAGUGUCUAAUGCUUCAAGCCUGUUCGGCUGUGAAAGAUGAAAGGGAGCCAAACAUGAAUACAUACCUUAAUAUUGUCAGGAAGUGUUACUGCUGCACAUGAUAUGCUACUACUGUGUCUUCGCUCUUAGGUUUUCAUUUCAGUCAUUAGUGGUGUGAGGAUGGAGUUGCUGUAAAUAGUCAAACUGACAAAAUAACAUGUCCUCUCAUUUCAAUGAUAUUUAACUUGUAAAAAUGCUCAUUUCUCAUUUCACUUUAUAAAUAUUUGUAUCCAACGGUGUCCAUGGUGCCAUAAUAGUCAUUCCUCAGUUAAGUCAGAUUAAAUCCCCACCAAAUUUAGGAAUUAUCUUUAGAGACAAGGAUUAUAUUUUUUUCUGUUGAAUACAUUUCACACAUUGGUUUACUUGGGUGUAAAUAACUGUUUUCUUUUAAAUUUAUUAACAUGUUUUAUUUAUUAGUAAUAAUUGCACUCAAAUGAACAAAAAACAAAAAGGGAGGAUUGUAUUUGUCAAUGUUGUGAAGAUGAUGAUUAUGAUGAUGAUGAUGAAGAUCAAUAAAUCCCAUGUUUUAUUGUC